AUGCCCCAAACUCCCGAAGAAUGGGAGACGUGGAAGUUGGCGAAACACCUCAUUCACCUCCAUCACAAACGCAACGUCCCAUACCCAGAACCCUGGACUCGUCCCAACUCGAUCGCCCUUCUCAAGAAGGUCGGAGUUCAAUACGACGAUGCCACUAUCCAGGAGCUGCUAGAAGAAUUUCCCGAGGGGUCCAAAAAGAAGGGCCCUAAAAAAAAAGCCAAACAUCCUACCGAACGGGUACAACCGGUCAGCGGAGAUGCACCAACCGAACCCUCUGCUGAUGAUGAAAACGACUCCAGCACCGAGUCCGAUGCUGAUGAAGGCAAAGAUCUGAGAAAUCUCCAUGUUCCGUCCUCGUCUGCCGCGUCUGUUGCACUUUCGUCGACCGCCGCGGACUCGCGGUCCGGUACACCCGCGUCGACCGCCCCGACUGGACCGUCUACUACACCCCCGCCGAACAACCCGCCCGCCCCGCCUGGAGAGGCCGGUGCAACCCCGCCGAACAACCCGCCCGCCCCGCCUGGAGAGGCCGGUGCAACUCCGCCGAACAACCCGCCCGCAACGCCUGGACAGGCCGGUGCAACCCCGCCGAAUAACCCGCCUACUGGUGGCGUAGACUCAUCUACAUGUCCUGCGGACCUAGUUCUUUCCUUUUUUCAAACCACCCAGGCAAUGACCAAGAUCCGAAUCAAUGAUCCCGAGUCGCAUCAGACUGUUUGGGGUGAAAUCUAUGGCAGACAUCCCGCACGCCAGUCUCACGUUGCCGUCGCUUUGCCCGGCCGAAGCGGCGAGCCGCGCCAUCUCAGGGGCUAUUGGGUUGACUGUCGCACUGGCCCGCAAGCUGGAUACUUUGCGACGUACAAAAACGCCGGCCACAAUUUCAUCCUACCACGGGCAACCAAAGACGAUCUUGUGAGGAGCAGCAAGACCAGCAUGAUUCUUGCCUUGAAGAUGCCCUGGGGGGUGGGGAAAUUUCACAUCAGCGGCCUCUGCAUCGUGGAAGGAAAAUUGCAGCUCGUCUCUAGGUCGUUGAUGAAUCAAACAUGGGGCAAGAUGGACACUGACGAAAUGCUAUAUGGGCACGCGUUGAGGGCCGGGCAGACGGAUCUAGACGAUUUGGCACCCAGGAGGCGUGACCCGGCCCAGGUGCAGCGCGGACCGGCCAGGCCAGAACCGUUUAACUUUUAA